AUGAUCACACCCGGAAUCUCUUUCCUUGGUCGCACAGUCCUAUCGGGAGGCUCUAUGUAUUUAGGCACUGUCUGCUUAGCGCGAUUCGCGGCAAAGUUGGGUAUAUCCUUGCCACCAUGGAUUUUACUACUGGGUGCGAUCGGUAGUUUACCUAUCGGGUUUGCAUUGCGCAUCCUGUACCUCCGUAUCAUUCACCGCCGACAAGCUGCAAGGAUGGGUGCCCGCCUGGCGCCCCCUAUUAGGGGCAAACAAUUCGGUAACCUCGACAUCAUGCUCAAACUGGUUGAACGAUUUGAUAAUGGCUAUCCUGGUGAUGGACUGGUAGAGAUCAUCGCGGAGUUAGGAACGUGCUUUAACCUCAAUGUCAUGUUCGAGAACGUCAUAUUUACCGUGGAACCUAGUCACAUCAAGACUAUCUUAGCGUCCGAAUUUGAAAACUAUGUCAAAGGAGAUAAGUUUAGGCAUACGAUGUCAAGUGUCCUCGGGACGGGUGUUUUUAAUUCUGACGGCGAAAUGUGGAAAUUCCAUCGUUCUAUGACAAGGCCCUUCUUCAGCCAUGACCGAAUAGGUCACUUCAAUAUCUUUGAUCGUCAUGCAGAAGAUGCUAUUUCGCAGAUGAAGGCUCGUUUCCGCUCUGGAUAUCCCGUCGACUUCCAGGACCUGAUAUCGCGUUUCACGCUCGACUCCGCCACGGAAUUUUGUUCGGCAAUUGCGACGGAAGCCCUUACUGGGAAGGCAAAGAUAGCUGAAAACUUUGCUCAGGCGUUCGCAGAUGCACAGACAAUUAUCGCCCAGCGUCCCCGCAAAAGUUGGGUCUGGCCCUUGUUUGAGAUCUUCAAGGAUAAAACCACUGAACCUAUGCGAAUUGUGAACUCGUUCAUUGAUCCGAUCUUGAAAGAGGCUAUCGCCAAGAAGCAAUCGCAUGCCAAUGAAGAAAAGGAUGUUGAUAACGACGACACGACAUUACUGGACCAUCUUGUCCAGAUGACAACAGAUCCCGUGGUACUGAGAGAUGAAAUCUUGAACAUCCUGAUCGCCGGAAGGGACACGACUGCUGGGACGCUUACUGUUGCCAUGUAUCUACUUUCUACGCACCCGCAUGUGAUGACCCGCUUGAGAGAGGAAGUUAUGACACAAGUUGGACUUACCGACAGGCCGACUUACGAUCAGAUUCGUAGUAUGAAGUACCUUCGCGCUGUUCUUAACGAAACUAUGAGGGUUUUUUCUCCCGUCGCAAGUGUCAAUGCAUCCACUCUGCCUGCAACCAAUCACUUGGAUAAACCAAUAUACGUCCCCCCAAAGACAAGUAUCUCCUACUCCGUUUUUCUAAUGCAUCGCAGAAAAGAUCUUUGGGGUCCUGAUGCCGAUGAGUUCGAUCCCGGCCGCUUCCUCGAUGAACGGUUACAUAAGUAUCUUACGCCUAAACCUUUUAUCUUCCUCCCCUUCAACGCCGGCCCCCGCAUCUGUCUUGGGCAACAGUUUGCUUACAACGAGAUGUCAUUCAUGCUCAUCCGCCUCCUCCAAUCCUUCUCUUCUAUCACUCUCCACCCAGAAGCGCAACCCCCCCACACUCUUCCGCCUGCUGAUUGGGCUCAAGCAGAAGGUCGCAAAUCACGCGAAAAGUUCUGGCCGAAAGUACAUUUGACGAUUUAUGCUCAUGGCGGUCUAUGGGUCCGCAUGGCUGAAGCUGAGAACGCUAAUUGA